GUACUGGUCGUGCCAGACGAUACACUGUGCAGAAGAGGCCAGACGCACUCUGUGUUCAAGAUGUCGGAUGCGUUCGUGUAUUUCUUCGCCAACCCCUGCUUUGACUCGCUGCAAAGUGUCACCCUUGUUCACCACAAUGGUGAACUUUCCAUCGAGGGGUCUAGACAAGCACACAUCUACAAGGCGAGGGAGCUCAUCUUCUCGGAGAGUCAAGUGAUUGCAACGCCCGUAUUCCGCGCGCCGUAUUCUAUCUUGGCCGUCAUGCAGGCGAGCCUGUUGGACAGCGAACCAUUCGAGCAGCGCCUGGAGGUGAUGGAGCUGCGCGUGUGCUCCAGGCAGCGCGUGCUGCCGAGUGACUUCCAGUCGUGCCUGGUCUACACGUGGCAGGCGCGGCUGGCCCCCGACUGGAACAGAGUGGCACAGUACCUGUUCCAUGGAAGAGACUUCUUAGUCAACACCGGCGUCCAACUAGCAGUAGAGUACAUGAUAUUAGCCACAGAGACGCAGACCACGCUGACGCUGGCCGGUAGGACUAUCAGGCUGCCACGCAUGACGAUGGCUGACCUGCGGAAGUCGCGACACGACCGCGCCACGUUGCAGUGGCUGUCCGCGGAGGAGGUACCGAUAGAGCCCUUGCAGUGCUACGUACUGCCAAGCAUGGAGACCGCAAUUGCCAUAGCAGUGGCCCCCAAAGUUUGCCCCGAUUGUCCGUAUGGACGCUUCCAGGAGCUGAAGAAGUUCUGGAAAGACACCUACGGCUACCCCAUCCCGGAGGAGACUGAGGGAACCAUGAUCUAUGUGAAAGUGCGGUUCCGAGAACCCCGCGAGCGCUGCUACGUGUACCCCAUCCUGUGCGUGCGUCCCACGGAGCCACAGCCCUUGGCAUGCCGCAACCCCUACGGCAUCAUAAGCGAGUUUCUGCAAUGCGUCGAGCUCAAGAUGAGCCAUGUGUGCGGCCAGAAGUUCCAAUUGGUGUCGUACAAUUCGGCGUUCCCCACCUUGAAGCAGCGCUGGACGGCCAAGGACGCUCAGGUGGGUCUGCACUCGCAAGGCCCAUAG